AUGGGAGGAGGCUUAAUAUUGAGGUACAUGUGGAUGGUGGGUUUGUUUGCAAUUGUAGGCAAUAAUUGGGGGUUCGAAAUUGAGGGGGUGGAGGGGGCUGGGGAGUGCGGGCAGCUGGACCCGGAGGUGCUGAUCUACAAGCUAUCAUCUUGUGCAGCCUCCGGACAGGAUAAGAACGUGGAGGUUCCUCCCAAGUGCUGUAGUCUGAUGCAGAGGGUCCGCACAAGCUGCCUUUGUGCCAUCAUCCUUUCUAAAGAAGCCAGGAGCCUUGGGAUCAACCCCGUAGUUGCCGUCACCAUUCCUAAACGCUGCAAAAUUGCUGGACGUCCUAGGGGUUACAAGUGUGGAGCUUAUGUGGUGCAAGCAUGA